GAGCGGGGGAUGCGGGGCUGCGCGGGGUGUUGGUGACUGCGCGGAGCUGAGCGGGGGAUGCGGGGCUGCGCGGAGUGUUGGUGACUGCGCGGAGCUGUGCGAGGCUGCGCGGGGUGUUGGUGACUACGCGGAGCUGCGCGGGGUGUUGGUGACUACGCGGAGCUGAGCGGGGGAUGCGGGGCUGCGCGGGGUGUUGGUGACUACGCGGAGCUGAGCGGGGGAUGCGGGGCUGCGCGGGGUGUUGGUGACUGCGCGGAGCUGUGCGAGGCUGCGCGGGGCUGCGCGGGGUGUUGGUGACUACGCGGAGCUGAGCGGACCGCGCGGAGCUGCGGGCUGCGCGGGGCUGAGCCGGGUGCCGGCGGCUUGCGCGGAUUUUGCCGGCUGAGCGGGGUGUCGGGGGCUGCGCGGGGCUGCGCGGAGCUGCGCGGAGCAUGUCGGCGCUGCGGCGCAAGCUGGGCGAUGAGUACCAGGUGGUGAGCACCUCGGCCAGCGGCGGAGGCCUCCCGCCCCCGCGCAGCGCCCCGCGCGGGAAGCGCCAGCGCUUCGUGGACAAGAACGGGCGCUGCAACGUGCAGCACGGCAACCUGGGCGGCGAGACCAGCCGCUACCUGUCCGACCUCUUCACCACGCUGGUGGACCUCAAGUGGCGCUGGAACCUGUUCAUCUUCAUCCUCACCUACACCGUGGCCUGGCUCUUCAUGGCCUCCAUGUGGUGGGUGAUCGCCUACAUGCGCGGGGACCUCAACAAGGCGCACGACGACAGCUACACCCCGUGCGUGGCCAACGUGUACAACUUCCCCUCCGCCUUCCUCUUCUUCAUCGAGACCGAGGCCACCAUCGGCUACGGCUACCGCUACAUCACCGACAAGUGCCCCGAGGGCAUCAUCCUCUUCCUCUUCCAGUCCAUCCUGGGCUCCAUCGUGGACGCCUUCCUGAUCGGCUGCAUGUUCAUCAAGAUGUCGCAGCCCAAGAAGAGGGCCGAGACGCUGAUGUUCAGCGAGCACGCCGCCAUCUCCAUGCGCGAUGGCAAGCUCACACUCAUGUUCCGCGUGGGCAACCUCCGCAACAGCCACAUGGUCUCGGCGCAGAUCCGCUGCAAGCUGCUCAAGUCGCGGCAGACUCCGGAGGGAGAAUUCCUGCCCCUGGAUCAGCUGGAGCUGGACGUGGGCUUCAGCACCGGGGCUGACCAGCUCUUCCUGGUGUCCCCCCUGACCAUCUGCCACGUCAUCGACUCCAAGAGCCCCUUCUACGACCUGUCCCAGCGCAGCAUGCACACGGAGCAGUUCGAGAUCGUCGUCAUCCUCGAGGGAAUCGUCGAGACCACGGGGAUGACGUGCCAAGCCAGGACAUCCUACACGGAGGACGAGGUGCUCUGGGGCCAUCGCUUCUUCCCGGUGAUCUCCUUGGAGGAAGGGUUCUUCAAAGUGGAUUAUUCCCAGUUCCACGCCACGUUCGAGGUGCCCACCCCGCCCUACAGCGUGAAGGAGCAGGAGGAGAUGCUCCUCAUGUCCUCGCCCCUGAUCCCGCCCGCCGUCAGCAACAGCAAGGAGAGGAACAACUCCGUGGAGUGCCUGGAUGGGCUCGACGAGGUGGGCACAAAGCUGCCCUCAAAACUGCAGAAAAUCACCGGGAGGGACGACUUCCCAAAGAAACUGCUCAGGAUGAGCUCCACCACCUCGGAGAAGGCCUACAGCAUGGGCGAUUUGCCCAUGAAACUCCAGCGCAUCAGCUCGGUGCCCGGCAACUCCGAGGAGAAGCUGGGCUCAAAGACCACGAAGAUGAUGUCGGAUCCCAUGAGCCAGUCGGUGGCAGAGCUGCCCCCCAAGCUGCAGAAGCUCUCGGGGGGCGGGGGGAGGAUGGAGGGGAACCUCCCGCCCAAACUGCGCAAAAUGAAUUCCGACCGCUUCACAUAACGCGCCGGGCCCGGGGCCAUCCCACACGGCCGGGACUGCGAGGAGGGCAGCGGGGGCUGCCGGGGGCUGCCCAGGAGCCCGGGGUGGGCUCGGGGGAGCCGGGGUGGGCUCGGGGGAGCCGGGGUGGGCUCGGAGCUCCGGGAGGCGGGAGCGUCCCGCGGGGUUGUGAGCGAGGGCCGCGUCCUUGGCAUGUCCGAUCCCAGCGCAUGCGAUAAUAGUGUGCAAUCCCUGCAUCUAGUCCGUGGCAUGACUCCUCCUGUAUUUAUACUCUACCCCCAAAAAAAAAAACCAUGCAGAGGGGCCUUCCCGCCCCUGCAUUCCCGAGGGAACGGGGACAACACGGAGUGGGGAACUCGCAGGGUAAGCGGAACUGGAGCUGGAAGCGUUUGGGGUGUUUUUUUUUCCUCUUGCCGUGGGUCGUGAUUUGCUCACCCAAGUAGUUUGCUGCAUGUGGGUUUUUUUUCUCCUCCAAGGAGGUGUUUUAGUUCACCCCUCACAUCAAAUCUGCUCGCCUUAAAUCCACUGCUGGUUUCUAGUUUGCUUUCAGGUUUUUGGGUUUUUUUUUUUUGGGGGGGGGGUGGGGGGUUGUUCCCUGUGUCAAAGCCACCAGGAAAAGUACCGGGGGGGGAAAAAAUAAAAAUCUGUAUUUCAUCAGGCUUUGUUUAGAAAAGAAAGUUGUGUUCUUAAGCCUGGGGCAAAGUGAUAAAUAAAUGACUCAAGUUCACACUUUAGGUACAGUUAGUAACAUUUUUAUAAAAUCUUUGUGGUUUGUAUGUGGCAGAAAAUCAGCAGGAUGUGCUUGAUUUCUCUGGUUGCUGAAACAGCCAACCAUGAAAGAAGCUGAAUGUGCCCGUGGGGCCAAGCGGGCUCUUCUGUUGGAAGAACUGCACCCCAAAAGCAGAGCCCCAAUUCCCCCAGUCCCCCUGGGCCUGGAUUUCCCUGCCAGGCAGGGCAGGGUGCUCCCAAGGCUCGUUCCUCGCUGCUUUUGGUGGUGAAAACGCUGUUGGCCCUCGUUGUGAGCUGCGGGCCACCCUGGGGGCUGCAGAGCGAGCCCAACCCCGCCGGAAUGUUGAGGGCUCGGGGCUGAUUCCUCUGGGGCUGCGUUUGGGUUUCCUUUGCCCACCUGGAUCACGGCUGGGUGGGCUCUGGGAUGAGGAUGGAGGUGGUGGAGCACCUCCCCAAAAUCCAAACCCCCUGGGCUGUGUGUCUGGGGCCUCCCCAGAGGCUCCCCUGGAGGAGGUUUGGGAUCGAUGGAGCCACGGGUGGCACCGGCAGGGGUUGGGUGGGAAGGGCACCCCAGCAGGAGCAGGGUUUUCCCAGCAGGAGCAGGGUUUUCCCACCAGGAGCAGGGUUUUCCCAGCAGGAGCAGGGCUCCGAGUGCCAUCCCGUGGGGGAAACCCCUGGGGUCACAUCCAGGUGCUCACAGGUGUGGGCAGGGGAACAUCCGUGGAUGGGCACCUCUGGCUCCCAGCACUGCUGGGUAAUUAACGGCACAGCUGAUGGGUUUUGAGGAGAAAGUUGGGAUUUGAUGGAUGCUGGCUCAGCCACCAGUGUCCCCGGAGGUGUCAGCGUGGGACUGUCCCUAUUCCCGAGGAUGGACAAUUCCCAGAGUUCCUUUCCAUGGCUCAUCCUGCUUGGAUUCUUUUCUUAUUCUGUACUAAUUCUAUUGUUUGUCCUUAUUCUAUUUUGGUUCUUAUUCUUAUUCUUAUUCUUAUUCUUAUUCUUAUUCUAUUUCUUUUAAUUUUCUAUUAUAUUCUAAUUAUUUUUCUUUAUUCUAUUAUUCUAUUCUAUUCUUAUUCUUAUUCUUACUCUUAUUCUUAUACUUAUUCUUAUCCUUAUUCUUAUUCUUAUUCUUAUCCUUAUCCUUAUUCUUCCUCUUAUUCUAUUCUAAUUCUUUUAAUUUUCUAUUAUGUUCUAAUUAUUUUUCUUCAUUAUUAUAUUUUAUUCUUAUUCUUAUUCUUAUUCUUAUUCUUAUUCUUAUUCUUAUUCUUAUUCUUCCUCUUCCUCUUAUUCUUCCUCUUAUUCUUCCUCUUAUUCUUCCUCUUAUUCUUCCUCUUAUUCUAUUCUAAUUCUUUUAAUUUUCUAUUCUAUUCUAUUUUUCUUUAUUCUAUUAUUAUUCUUAACCCAUUCCUGUUCUAUCCUUUAUUCUGUUCUUUAUUUUUUUUAUUCCUAUUCCACUCUAAUUCUGUUCUAUUUUUUCUAUUUCUAUCCUACUUUAUUUUAUUCUAAUAUCUUACUCUAUUUCCUUUUCUUAUUCUUGAUCUAUUUUUAUUCUUAUUCUCUUCUUAAUAUAUUCCAUUUCCUAUUCUUAUUCUUGAGCUAGUCUUGUUCUAGUCUGUAUUAACUCUAUUUUUAAUUCUAUUCUGAUUUUAAUUUUUAAUUCUAUUCUAUUAUUUUCUCCUUGCUAUUCUCUAUUCUAUUUUCUGUUUUCUCUUUUCUCUUUUCCAUGUCCCAUCCUAUCCCAUUUGAUUCCACUGCAUUUCCUGACUCUGGCACAGCAGCCCAGGCGCAAUUUGGGGUCCCCCAGGGGUUUCUCCACAAACGGAACGGAAAACAUUCCAGGGAGAAGAGCUGGAGGUGGGAAAAACCCUCCAAAAAAACCCCUGGACGUGGGGGAAAAACCGCAAAAGGAGCAAAAUUAAUGCCAUAAAAACAUCCAGCUGGGACGAACUGAAAAUUCGGAUUUUUAAGUGAAAAUGUGCCCAAAACAAACCCCAAACAUCAGGGGAAUUGUUGCAGUGGUAAAAGCGCAGAGGGGCCGGGGCUGGAUUUGAAAUCCAUCCCUGCUGGAUGCAGAAUUCCCGGGGUUGGUGUUUGGGAUCGAGGUUCCCGCACGGCCACCUGUCCAUAUUGAUUGAUUUUAGGGAUUUCCUCGCGUUCCCAUUUCAAUUUUAUGGCGUGCGCCCUUUAUUUUAAUUACCUAACGAACAUCCGAACCCAGCCCUUGCUUCCGCUCAUUAAAAAGAGCUGUAAUUAACACUGAUUGAUUGAUUGAUUGAUUGAUUGAUUGCACAGCCGGUCUGUGUUCUCUCCUGCUGAAUUCCCGCUUGGAUUCUCCUGGGAAAUGUAAAUAUUUCAAUUACGGUUAAAGAAAUGAAAGAAAUAAAAGAAAUAAAAGAAAUAAAAGAAAUAAAAG